GUUUGUUGGCGUUGCCCGCCGCCCGCGCCCCGCGAGGGCAUUACAACCAUCGCGAACGCUACUACUAACAUCUUUAGAUGCCGUCAGCUCAUGUUUCUGAAUAAUGUGUGCUAUUGUGAAUUGUACUAAUUGAUCACGGUGGCCCUUGUUACUAAACAGUGUGUUACAGUGUUAUAUUUUACCGACGAGCGAACAUCUAGUGAAAUAAUAUAAAAUCGUGAACUUUUUAGCAACUAUAACAUUGCAAAUGGCCUAAAUUGGACUCCUUAUGUGUUCCAGUGAAGUUCACAAAGACACAACUUAGAAACAGUUCAAGGGAUUCGAUGUUUUGAUCUCCUGUAUUGCCAUAGAAUCUUCGGUAUUAUGGUUCUUAAAAAAAUAAUAUUUAAUUCAAUAGCCGAAUUUCCUAAAUAUGGAUCCCAUACUCGAAACCGAUACAGCAAUGGCAGACUCACCUGGAAAAAGUGGUAAAUCUAAACAAAAGCAAAAAAAGAAAACAAGCCAACCCGAGUCACAAGCAAAUAGUCAGACUGUGAUAAGGGGAACAAGAAAAUUUGUUGUAACGAAGCCGGAUGAUCAACAGGCAGGCCCCAGUGUACCAGACGGUAAUAUACAUACAGUCCACUUUGGUACUCGAGGUGCAGAGUCCCAUCGCCCUCAUGUCAGAUCUAUUUUUAAAGAAAAGCCAGCUGACGAUUCCAGACCUUCUAGCUCUGACAGGGAAUGUGCCCCAAAAAAAGAAUACGAAACAUUUCACGGAACUUCAUCGAAACCUAGAAAUUCAAUAUUUGAUAUUUUCCGAAUAAGACGAAAAAGUGAUUCUAAAAAACAUCAGUCUCUCAUGCAGAAUGUACAGAAAGGUUCUAAAACACUUGAAUCUCCGGAAACAACUAAGAAUGAAAACUCCGCAGAAUCGAAAGAUUCUCAUAAAAAAUAUUACUACACCGUUACAGGAGUAUCAUCUAGAAAGCCAAGUACAAUUACUAGAGUUAUGGAUAUAUUUAGAAGUAAGCCAUCCACCAGUGAACAACCUAUAUCUGAAUUGGUUCGAAAGAAGUCAACAAAACAAAUCCGACGGGCUUCCCUAGACACCACUUCACCAACGUAUCAUAAAAACUCAUAUGCGGCCUUAGACCCAAUUCAAGCAAAGCAAAUAUUUAGAGAAAUUCGUGGACUACCAAAGUACGAUCCCUAUUUGUCUAUAGUUCAAAUUUCUUUAGGUGGGCGGGACAAAACUAGACUAUUAUUAAAUUUCUUUAAAUAUCACAAGUGUUAUGAAAUGUUACCUAAAUCUGCUAAAGUAAUAAUAUUCGAUACUCAAUUUUUCGUUCGUAAAACGUUUCCUACUCUCGUAUCCCAUGGCAUCAGAUCAGCACCAUUAUGGGAUGCAAAUAAGAAAUCUCUUGUUGGCAUGAUCACCGUUACGGACUUUAUUAGAAUUCUAUUAAUUCUUGAUUCAGAAAAUUUAUCAAUGGAUGAGUUAGAAAGUCAUACACUUCAUACGUGGAGAAAAUUAUUACGCAAUGUGCGAAAACCUUUGUGUAGUAUUGGCCCAGAUCAAUCGUUACAUGAAGCCAUUAAUUCUUUAAUUAAGAAUCGUGUUCAUCGAUUAUUAGUUAUCGAUCCUGUAUCGGGUGACGUUCUAUACAUAUUAUCACACAAAAGGAUUCUGAGGUUUCUGUUUGUUUAUUUAAAUGAGUUUCCUGAACUCACAUUUUUCCAGAAAAAAAUUGUUGAUUUGAAAAUUGGUACAUAUGAUAACAUUCGUUCUAUUACUGAUGAAACUACAGUAAGGGAAGCUUUUCAAAUUCUAUUAGAAAAAAAUAUAUCAGCUUUGCCUGUGUUAGAUGAUAGUGGAAAACUUAUAGAUGUGUAUGCAAAAUACGAAGUAUUAAACCUAGUGAGCGAGAAACUCUAUUUAAAUUUGUCUUUAAAAGUAGGUGAAGUAAGAACGAAAAAGAAAGACUGGGAUGAAAAAUUACAAAAAUGUUUUUCCAGUAUUACGUUGUAUGAGGCAUUAGAAAUAAUAGUAAGAACGGAGAGUCAUCGACUAUUACUUGUAAAUAACGAUGAUACGCUUAUAGGUAUUGUUUCGUUGUCCGAUAUUUUAGUAUAUUUAAAUAGAAUUAUCCCAGUUGAGAAGAAAGGUUCAUCACUUCAAGAGAUUUUUAAGCCAUUGGAAGAUAAUAAAUUCCCUGAGGCAUCUAAGGAGUGCGAAAGUGACACAUUAUCAAUUGAAGUUCCAAAUCUAAAUGCGCAAGACAACCCCAAUUCAAAAGCAGCUGAAACGAGUGAUGAUCGAAAAGAUAACGAGGAUGUUGUGUCCAAAGGGCAUAUCAAAAAAGAAAAUGGCUUAGAAAUAGAAGCAGAACCAUCUAGUCAGAGUGAUUCAAAUAAUAUUACGGAUUUAGCUUGUAAUUUAGAAGAAAAUUCCUAAUCUCAAUUUUAAUGCGGAGCAAAAUAUAAUUUUAUCUUGUUAAAAUUUGCUACUGUCCAAAGAAAUGAAUACGACUUUAACAAUACCCUUACUACGUUACAUUUAACAUGCUUUUUGCUUGUGAGUCUUGUUAAAUCAUAAAUGCUGCACUAAGAUAUACUUAUCAAGGGACUUAUUUAUUGUUUUGUUAUAAUUAUAAUUAUGUUGCUGAAAAUAAAUGGUUUAGCAAACUUA